AGUCCAGGUCUGAGAAUGAGCCAUGGGGGCAUUGAUUCUGGAAAUCAUUUAGAUGGUUUGAUAUUUAAUAGAUCUAUUCUGUAUAAUGCUACUGAGCACUAUAAAAAAUAUUUAGAAAUAUUUUCUCUUCUCAGCCGUGGCUUAAACCCUCCUCAUCGUGUCAAGUCCAUCUCUAUGGCUAGUUUCACACAGGAGGAAAUUGAACAAAUAAAAUCAAAGGGUAACCAGUAUUGUGGAGCUAUAUGGCUGGGGCUUUAUGAUGCCAAGAUCAGUCCCUUUCCUGACACCAAAGAUGAACAUAAGAUUAGAGAUUUCAUGAUAAUGAAAUAUGAAAAGAAAAGGUUUUAUAUAGAGCCUAGUAUUGCUCUGAAAAAUAUGCCUCCCCAAAACACUAGCGCCACGUCAUCAAAUGCCUCCACGCCAAAUAGUGAGACCAGUAAGGUUGGGCCAACUGUGAACUCGUCAGUAUCACGUCCAAAUGUAACAGCCUCGCAGUCAUCAGGGUCAGUAAGUGGCAGCUUAAAUAGUGCCACCAAUACUGGAUCAAAAAACUCUACUCCAAAAUCUUCGACUUCAUUAGAUUUAUUAGCAGACUUGGGGAACCAGCCUGUUUCCUCAGUUAACUCCAAUGACCCCUUUGCCUCUCCUACAAGUUCCCAAGCACCCACAUCAGUUUCGCAGCCUUCAUUUGCCAAUUUUGAGAAUGCAAACAUUUUUACAAACACACUUGGCACCACAACUAGCAACAAAUCAACCUCCUUGGGCCCACAACUCCCAUUCUCCAAUAAUCCCCUUACCCCAAUGGUUCCUGGCUCCUCUUCCAAUCCUCCUUCCUCAACUGUUCACAACACUCAAUCCUGUUCAAAUACACCUAUGCAAGAUCGUUAUGCAGCCUUGAAGGAUUUGGAUGAAGAGUUCAAGACGCAGAAAGAAUCGGAAACAAUGUCAAAUGGUGGGAGUAGUUGGCCCAUACCUAAUGGAAGUCAUCAGAGUUCUUCGGUGUUUGGUUCCUCAACUUCGGCACUGAAUGGAACAGUCUUUGGCUCACCUGGUACCACCAACAGUGUCUUCAAUGCUGUUAAUGGAGGUGGCUCUGGAGGCAUGGGGGUGUUUGGCACUCCUCCAAAGGCUGGCAAUGCCUGGGCUAAUAAUUUUGCUGGUGCUAAUCCAUUUUCAGGAUGUAAUACUGGAACUCCCUGGAUGAAUGGAGGAAGUUCAGUAGGAACUGCAACACACACUCAACAGGGUUUUGGCUCUGUUGUCCAACAUAAUCCCUUUGGAACAACCUUAUACAGGAUGUGGGGUAAGUAUAAAAUAUUUUGUCAUAUUAAUGUGGUAUGUGGAGGUUGCAGCAUUCUUUUUUUUCGUCUUCAUUGUGCCUGAAGAGCUAUAGCCGAUCCUUGUUUAUAUGAUAUUACUCAAAAGUACAGUUAUCGAAACAACCUUAAUUAUAGUAGACUCACAUUUCAUAUGUCAAG